UUUUCUCCCGCUUUCUGUCUGCCCGUCUCCGGUCUCCGUUCUCCGGUCUCCGUUCUCCGUUCUCCGUUCUCCGUCCUCUGCUUCCCGUUCUCCGGAAGGCAAAGAAAGAAGAGAAGCAUUGACACGAAGGAAAGACGGAACAAGCGCUCGCCCGGUCCGUCCGUCCGCCAGCCCGCCCGCCCGCGCUUGCUCCUGCUGCCGCGGACAAAGCUGAGAGGGCCUUUUGAUUUUCGAGCGAUAUUAUAGAGCUCCUGAAAUAAUGGUGUCUUUAAUGGUCAUCGAUCCGCGGCCUGCGUGUUCGCUCGGCGUGGUCUCGGGAGCGUCUUUCGCCUGCGUCGGGGUCUGAGGAAGGAGAAGGAGAAGGAGGACGAGGAGAAGAACAAGAAGUAGUAGAGAAGGUCAAGGUAUGUAUGCACUCUGAUCAUCUUGUGAUUAUCUGUCCGAGUGUAAUAGCACUCGGGAGGUGAUUCAAGUCUGUGGAUUGUAAGGACUUGGACUUUUCCUCUGCCUUUCUUUGGAUUUGGAUUGAUUGCCUGGUUCGUCGGUGGGGACGCGGGGCCUGAGAUCGGAAGAGCUAAGGCGAAUGCUGCUAGCUAGCCUUACGUGCUUGCCAGUGUAAUCCGAGUAAGCGCGCGCUCGUCGAUCGUCGAGAGUCUUGAAUCUCGUUGCGUGUGGAGAUUCUCUGUCUUCUGGCAGGGUUUGGGUAGUGUGAGAUGUCAUUGUGAACCUUUGCGUAAGCGGCUUAAGUUCAAGGACUUGCCCAUGGCUGUGUCUAUGAAAAAUGUAGAUGUAGCGUUCCACAAUGUUGGAGGGAAAGCUGGAACUGAAGUUUGGCGCAUAGAAAAUUUUAGUCCAGUGCUUUUGCCCAAGUCAGAGUAUGGAAAGUUUCAUGAGGGAGAUUCCUACAUCGUUCUGAGGACAACGGCUUUGAAAAGUGGAGCCUUUCAUUAUGAUGUACAUUUCUGGCUCGGGAAAUCUACCAGUCAAGAUGAGGCAGGAGCAGCUGCGAUCAAGACGGUGGAGCUCGACGCGGCUUUGGGAGGUCGAGCUGUGCAAUACAGGGAGUGUCAAGGCCAUGAAACUGAUCUCUUUCUGUCCUAUUUCAAGCCUUGUAUUAUUCCUCUGGAGGGGGGAAUUGCAUCUGGGUUUAAAAAGGUGGAAGAAGCUGAGUUCGAGCCUCGCCUCUACCUUUGCAAAGGAGCUCGUCUGGCGCGUGUGACAGAGGUGCCAUAUGCUCGGCAAUCUUUGAAUCACGAUGAUGUAUUUAUCCUGGACACCAAGGAAAAAAUUUACCAAUUCAACGGCGCAAAUUCAAGCAUUCAAGAAAGAGGAAAGGCUCUGGAGGUUGUACAGCAUCUUAAGGACACCAAUCACGAUGGAGAUUGUGAUAUUGUCAUUGUUGAUGAUGGUAAACUCGGGGCAGAAGCUGAGACAGGAGAAUUCUGGAGUCUGUUCGGAGGGUUUGCACCUCUGGGAAGAAAACACGUUCCUCAUGAAGAUUCUAAGAAGCAACCCUUCUUAGUCAAACUUUUCUGUGUUGGAGAAGGAAAACCGAAGGAAGUCGAACAUGGACCUGUUUUGAAGAAGAAUUUGCUUGAUACCCACAACUGCUUUCUUCUCGAUGCUGGUAAUGAGAUGUUCGUAUGGAUGGGUCGUGAGACUACUCUUGAGCAAAGGAAAGCAGCCACGCUCUCCGCAGAGGAAUUUAUUUCAAGUCAGGAAAGACCUACCUUUACUCAGGUGACGCGCAUCAUUGAAGGGUUCGAGCUUCCCAAAUUCAAAGCCCACUUUGAGAAGUGGCCUCGUACUUCACAAUCCUCUGUAUCCGAAGAUGGACGUGGCAAAGUUGCAGCGCUUUUAAAGCAACAAGGAGUCGAUGUUAAGGGUCUGUUAAAAGCAGCAGCUCCCACAGAAGAUAUUCCUCCUCCUCUUCUAGAAAGUUCUGGCAAGCUCGAGGUGUGGCGUGUUGACGGGACAGCGAAAACGGUUAUACCUCCGGAGGACCAUGGCAAGUUCUUUGAUGCCCACUGCUACAUAGUCCUUUACACCUACCAUGGAGAUCGGAAAGAAGAUUUUCUGCUUUGCACUUGGCUCGGAAAAACUCACUCUGCGGAUGAGCAAUCCGAGGCUGUGAAGAUGACCUCCAAGAUGGCUGACAAGUUGAAAGGGCGUCCCGUACAGGUUCGCGUGUUCCAGGGCAAGGAGCCACCCCAGUUUCUUGCUCUGUUUCCUUGUCUUAUCAUUAUGGAGGGUAAAACCAUUCCUGAGCUCUGUAAAGAGACGAAGUAUAUGAUACGCGUACAAGGGACAAGCUCUUUCAAUUCCCUCGCCAUUCAAGUGGAUGCGGUCCCUGCGUCCUUGAAUUCUUCAGAAUGUUUCGUUUUAUCUUUGGGUAAGGUCUGUUACAUGUGGAGUGGCAAUUUUACGAAUACUGAACAUCAAAAGGUGGCAAUGAAAGUGGCGGGUCUACUUAAACUAACUGCGAAGCCAAUCCGGGAAGGAACCGAACCCUCAGCGUUUUGGAACGUGCUGGGUGGUAAACAAACUGGGUACCCAGCCCACCGCGAUACUAAGGAUGUGAGCAAGGAUCCGAGGUUGUUUCAGUGCACCUACACUAAAGGAAAGCUUGAGAUCACCGAGGUAUUCAAUUUCGAACAAGAUGACCUCUUGACGGAGGAGGUGAUGAUUUUGGAUACAAAUACCGAACUUUAUGUUUGGGUUGGUCAACAUGCAUCGGUGCAUGAGAAACAACAUGCGUUAGACUUUGCCCAGGAGUAUCUAGAUAACAGAGUCGCCCAAGACGGUAUGUCACCGAAGGCAACUAUUUACAGAAUACCGGAGGGAAAUGAGCCUUUAUUCUUUGGUGGUCAUUUUCCUUCUUGGAGUGCAACCAAAGUUACGGUGCAUGCCGAUACCUACACCAAAAGGCUUGCAAAUUUGCGAGGUCAAAAGUUACCCGUCGUCGAGCAUGCAGAGGAUGGCACCACACAAAGGAAAACAGCAAUGGCUGCCCUCUCAUCUGUUUUCGGAUCUCCAGGCGAUUAUCCCACUUCCCCUAGAAGUAGUGUAGGUGGUUCGCCCAGAACACCGUCCUCUCACAUCAAUUCGGCGUCUUCACAGAGAGCAGCAGCUUUAGCUGCGCUUUCAGCUGCCUUAGGACAACCUCAACCUGAACAAACUUCUUUUGCCCCAGAUGCUGAUUGGGUGGCAGUAUCAUCUCCGAGCAUCAAGUCUGAAGAUGGAGGAAGUGAGACAGGGACGGCACUGUCUGAGCAAGAGCUUGAAGAAAGUAGCUCUGCAGAUGGAACUUACGAGUACGAACGCCUGAAGGCUACCGCCACCAAUCCGGUGCGGGGAAUUGACUUGAAAAAGAGAGAAGCUUAUUUGUCCGAUGAAGCGUUCGAAAAACUCUUCACUAUGAAGAAAGACAAGUUCUACGAGCUGCCGAAGUGGAAGCAAGAUCAACGGAAGAGAGUUCUUGACCUUUUCUAGUCAACAACCUCCAACAUUUAGGUCGUGUCAUACUCAUCAGUCAUCCAUGUCUCUGUUGACUGAUACCCUUGUUAAAAUAUUUAUACCAGUAAUUUUUGUUCCAUUAGGUCAAGUUGGAGGAGUCAUUAUCUCUGCACUUAAUUGGUGAUGCUUAAGCAUCUCGGCUGAUGUAUUCAUACUUUCCUCGGAAGUCAAGUGACGAAACCACACAUCUGUACCACUGCAUUCUGUUGGCUGUGAUCUCAGUACUGAACCUUAUACAUCAGAGAACUAUUUGAUCUCACUGCUUUGUCGUGUAGGAAACUUGAACUGGCUUGGCGAUGACAAGAACACAAAUACUUGGGCCCAUCCGUCACCUUUUCCCUGAUGCUUAACCUUACUAUACGAGAAAGAAUUAUCUCGUUCAAUGUGUCGGUGAGCGGAGCUGGCCCUAAUAAGCAAGUUCUCAGUACAGAUUUAUCAUGCAGAGUAUUGAGUCAGGUAUGCACUAAUUUGAGCGUAGGAUUUAGGAAGGAUUAUAACAAACCUGGGUUGUGGUUUGGUUGGCAUAAGCCAUUUUUUUUUGGCUUAUGAUUACGAGUUAGUUUAUCUUGUGAAGCGACAGGAUUGAGCUAUUUUUUGAGCUCCAGGUAUGAAACUACCAUAUCAAUUAAUUUGAAGUGAG